AGAAACUUCAGUGAAAAGCCGGUUACUGCUCUUGGUGGUACUUGCAAGGUAUCAGUACCGAGUUUUUUUACAUCGCGUAAGAUUUAAAUAAAACUGUGGUCGACAGCGAUUUUGGAGGUGAUAGUGCAUGAAAUGGUUUUAAAUUUUUGUGGUUAAUCUUUUGGUUUUGUGAUCUUCAAUAUUUUUGCAAAAUGCAAGUUUUGGAGCUGCACUUGGCGGAUUAUGAUGAGUCGUACAAAAAUGGAACGAACGCAGUUUUGGAUAUCGCUUUUAGGAAAGUUAACAAAAAUUUUACCGCAUUUCAAAUAUGGAGAGUAGAGAAUAUGUCGAUUGUUGCCCUACCAAAAGAUCAAUAUGGAAUAUUUUAUGAUACUGAUUCUUACAUUAUAUACGCAUCCUCACUAUGCGAUCAACCAGCAAGCAUAGAUACCGUGCCCAAAGAAAUCAAGGGUGCUACUUUAGAAUAUCACAUUCACUUUUGGUUGGGAGCAAAUACGAACCCAGAAAAAUCCGGGGUGGCUGCUUAUAAAUCGGUGGAGUUGGAUGCCUUUUUAAAUUCACAAACAAUCCAGCAUAGAGAAACACAAGGAAAUGAAAGUUCCAGAUUCUUGAGCUAUUUUAAAAACGGAUUUAAAGUACUUAAGUCGGAAUUAAUAUUAAACGGUAACAAAUCUCAACCAAAACUGUAUAAAGUAAAUGGUAAAAGAACACCCGUUUUGACCGAAAUAAAUAAUGUUUCGUGGGAGCAUUUUAAUAGUUCUGAAGUGUUUAUUUUAAAAACAGAAAAAUGUCUUUUUGUAUGGAUCGGACGAGCUGCAGCUUCCAUAGAAAAGAUGCACGCAACAAAAAUUUGUUUGGAAAUGAAGGAGAGUCUAAAAAUAUCAAACAUCGUGUUUGUGGAUGAUGGUUAUGAGAAAACUAUGGAUGAUAGUUAUAAAAACGAGAUUAACAAAUAUUUACCAUUGGAUAAAAGGCAUAUUUUGCCUGAAAGUUCCAUGGAAGAAGCUACUACUUUAAGCGGUAGAAACAAUAUAAGGCUUUACAAAUGUUCAGAGAACAAUGGAAAAUAUAGGGUUACAGAGUUAAGAAGCGGACCAUUUUUACAAGGAGACUUGAACCCAGAUGAUGUUUAUAUUGUCGACCAAGAGUCUUAUGGUAUCUGGGUAUGGGUCGGUAAAAGAGCCAACGAUAAAGAAAGGUCCGAAGCUUUAAGAAACGCCAGAGGAUUUGUAAAAAAGAAAAAAUACCCCAGCUAUACCAAAGUAACCAGAGUUCUCGAUGGACACGAGCCCAUGGAAUUCAAAAUGCUGUUUCCAUUUUGGAAGAGCGAAUCACCAAUAAAAGCAAACAAACCAAAGAUGUUGGUAUCCAAAUUCGAUGCAGAAACAUUGGAAGAUCGGCCUCUUCUUGCCGCUGAAGUCCAGUUAAUCGACGAUGGCUCUGGCAGCACCACCAUAUGGAGGGUGAAACAAAACAAUAUUGUCGAGCUACCCAAGGAACGUCAUGGUUUCUUUUUUUCCGGGGAUUGUUACAUAAUUUUGUACAGCUAUCAACCAACUGCUGAGUUGAAGCAUUUGCUUUACUGCUGGCUGGGUUCCCACGCCACCCAAGAGGAUAUAAAUUGCACCACUCAUAAAGUAAGCGAAAUAGAUGAUGAGCUAGGCCAUCUAGGAUUUCAAGCAAGAAUAAUCCAAGGGCGAGAAACGGCUCAUUUCUUGCAAAUAUUUGGAGGAAAAUUUAUAACUUUUAAAGGAAAAGGAACUGACUUUGAUGAAUCUGGAAGAAAUCUAAAAAAUCCAUCUCAAUACAUGUUGCAAAUAUUUGGAUCCACUUUAUAUAGCAGCAAAGGUGUUCAAGUGGUGGCUAAAGCUUUAUCUUUAAAUUCGAAUUACUGUUUCGUAAUGAAAAGAGGCAAAAGAGCGCAUGUCUGGUGCGGAAAUUAUUCGACAGGCGACCAAAGGGAAAUGGCAAAACUUUUUGCUGGCAAAGAUUUUGAACUUGUAUUGGAAGGAAAGGAAAAAGAUGAUUUCUUUUCUUUAAUAGGAGGUAAAACUGCCUAUAAUACGCAGCUAAUGAAAAAUGACUAUGAUGCUAGAACACCAAGACUUUUUAACUGUAACACUAACACAAAUAACUUUAAAGUUGAAGAACUAAUGUAUUUCACCCAAAAAGAUCUAAUCCCAGAAAACAUUAUGCUCCUAGAUUUACAAGAUUGUUUAUACAUCUGGAUAGGUAAACUGAGUUCCAGAGAAGACCAAAGGUUGAGUAUUAAGAUGGCUAUAGAAUAUCUUCAAUCAGACCCUGCUGGUAGGGAUAUGAAUAUAGCCAUAAUAAACGUUAAACAAGGAAAGGAACCGCCUACAUUUACAGGACUUUUUCCUGCUUGGGAUAAAAAAUUUUGGAAGCAUUAUAAGUCGUUUGGAAAAAUCAGACAUGAUAUUGAAAUAUCAAGCAAUAAUAUUAAUGGUAAAGCAACUAAUGGCUACACCCAAGAAAAAUCUGGACAUAGCGAUUUUGACCAGUUUGAUAAAUACCCCAUUAAUAUUCUAAAAGAACCAAAUGAGAAACUGCCUGCAAGGAUUGAUCCUUUAAACAAGGAGUUGCAUUUAACACACGACGAUUUUGUUUCGCUUUUUAAAAUGAAAUAUGUCGAUUUUGAAAAAUUACCAAAAUGGAAACGACAAGAAAUGAAGAAAACAUGUGGGUUGUUUUAGUUUUAGAUGUUUAAGUAUAUUAUUUUUAAUAUUAUUCAGGCAAAAAGACCUUCGUCUAUAAUGAUUG